AUGGCGCCCAUGAACUUUCAGAUGCUGGCGGUCGUCUUAGCACACGAUGCGAACCCCCAUCGUUCUCUUGAUGCACUUGCGACACAGUUCAACUUGGGCCGAGAAGUUGUGAGCAUGGCCCUUCGCGACGCGGCAAAUACUCGUGCCCUUCCGCCAGAGGCGUUGCAUCUGGGCUAUGCAGCACAAGAAAACAACGCAAACCCAAGGGCUGCUGCUGCCGCCAUGCCAGUGUCGCAUGCUCAAGAUCGCCAUCGGUUGGAAUGCUCGGCGUCGGCGCUCAUCAAAUUCAACUUGUGA